AUCUGAGCCCCGCCCGGAGGGGCGUGGCCGAGCGCAGUCGGGUGAAGUCGAACACAAUCGGGCCGCGCCGAACCGACGAACGCACGCAGCUCCAGCUCAGCCGUGUAGAGCCGAACCGAGCCGAACGCAGCCGAGCGGAGCCGAUUGGACCCGAACGAAGCCGGGCAGAUCCGAGAGCCCCGGGACCGCCCGCGCUGCUGCAUGGCCGGGAAGAAGCUGAUCGUGGUGUUCGGGGCCACCGGGGCCCAGGGCGGCGGCGUGGCCCGGGCGCUGCUGGACGACGGGAGCUUCAAGGUGCGCGCCGUGACGCGGAGCCCCAGGAAGAAGGAGGCGGAGGAGCUGAGGCGCAGGGGAGCCGAGGUGGUGAAGGCAGAUCAGGACGAUGAGGCAUCGCUGGAGCGGGCCUUGGCGGGUGCCUACGGAGCCUUUAUUGUCACCAACUUCUGGGAACACUGCAGCAAGGAGAAGGAAAUCGAGCAGGGACAGCGUCUGGCUGACCUGUCCAAGCGGCAGGCUCUGCGCCACGUCGUGUUCAGCGGCCUGGAGAACGUGCACCAGCUGACGGGGGGCCGCCUGGAGGUGCUGCACUUCGAUGGCAAAGGCGUGGUGGAGGAGUACUUCCAGAAAAUUGGGGUCCCCACCACCAUCAUCCGCCUGCCCUUCUACUUUGAGAACUUCCUCUCCAUCUUCAAGCCACAGAAGGCCCCGCAGGGAGAUGCCUUUGUCCUGGAGCUGCCCAUGGGGGACACUCCCAUGGAUGGGAUGGCUGUGGAGGACCUUGGGCCCGUUGUGCUUUGCCUGCUGAAGUCCCCAGGGGAAUACAUUGGCCAGGUGAUAGGACUCAGCACAGGCAAGCUCACCGAGGCAGAGUACGCUGCCGUCCUCUCCCAGCAGACGGGCAAGACUGUGACAGCCAGCAAGAUCUCCCCUGAGGAGUACGAGAAGCGGGACUUUGCUGGGGCCAAGGAGCUGGCUGCCAUGUUCCGUUUCUACGCGCUAAAACCAGACCGCAACGUGGCCCUGACCAUGAAGCUGAACCCCCAGGCCCGCACCUUCCAGCAGUGGGUGGGGGACAACAAGAAUGCCUUCUGAGCCUCCUCUUCCUCCCUGGUUUCUGCAGCAGGUACGGGGACCUGGCUGAGGAGGUGAGGUGCCCUGAGCCAUGCUGCCUUCCCAGUAGUGCCCCAGGGAGAGGCUGAUCCUGCCCCAGCUGGGGAGAGCUUGGCCCACUUGCUGGUCCAUGUGUGUGCUCCUGCAGCGUGGUUGGGACUAUUUAGGCAGCUAGAACAAGAGGAAGGGCUGGACAGCACAGGCAGAGGGGUGGCAGAAGUGCUGCCUUUGCACUCUGUCCUCAGGGAGGUGUUGCUUUAGUCAUUGUGGGUGUUUUAGGGUGCUGGAGGCUUGUUUUCCCAGGAUCACCUCCUUUCCCAGGCAGCUCUGAGCAUAUGGCACCACGUGGUAGGCUGAAGGUGUGUACCCCAAAGGCAGUGCCUUUGUGGCAGGUAUCCAUGGCCAGGGCUGCUGCAGGCUCCUAAGCAAACAGAAGACAGGAAUUUCUCCAGGGAUCUGGUUUGGGCACUGCAGGUGAGCCACUGGAGACAUGAAUACUUAGGGUCAGCCCAGCAAGCAGGGACUGCAGUGACUUCCUGUAGUGUAACACAAAAGCUGAGGCAGAUUCCUCAUCAUAGAGCUCUGGCCCUGGUCCUUGGGCUCCUGGAGCUAAUUUCAGUCACUGUCCCAAGGAGCUGAGAUAAAACUCAGCUUUUCUAGACUGUCCAAGGUUCAGUGGAAAAGCCCCUUCCCCUCAUGUACCUAAAGUACUGCUCAGACAGGGCAGCUUUGUGUUUAAAGUCAAUCCCAGCCCCCAGCAAUGCUGGAGCCGUCCAACCCUGUCUCCUCCUUGGCCCAGACCUUCAUCCUUGUUAUGAGGGGAGGGAAAGGGGGUGACAGAGCAGGUGGAAGAGCAGACAAGGCAGCAAGGCACAGCACGUGUUAAAUAUCUUUAUGAAGUCCAUCUUAUUUACAUGGGUACAGAAUCACUUUACAGAAGUUUAAUCAGGAGCCAACGCGUGCUUUAUUUCAGCAAAUUAAGAAGGGCAAGACUACAGCAUGUCCCUGUUUAACUGGGGUUGAACUGAUUAGUAUGUGGGCUGAUGGUACCUGCACAGUAUCACAAACACAGCAGGCUACAGUAACCAUGGAAUACUCACUGCAAGAGCUCAGCUCCGUCUGGAAGGAGUGAUCCACCUCACUUGCACUCUCACACAAGUUAAACAACGAUGCUUUGACCAAUCCUUUACGCUACGGGUGUUGCACUAAAGUAAUAAAAUAUUUUUGUCCCCAACUGGCAAA